UGUAUCAGAUCCACCCCGCCAACCAAUCGCGCCACUUCCGUACUUGUCCAAAUUCUAAUCUUCGGCGUCGAGCAAUGUAAUUCUCAAUCCUAAAGAGAAUAGGAAAAGUCAUUGUACAGUAUCGAUCAUCGGAAUCCAUUUGAUACCUAAAAUCGCCGCAAUCCGUUUUAUUCUCAGUCGAUCGUUGUUCACGAUAGAUCAGUAUGCGCUAUCAGUCUCCGUCAUCACAAGAAACACUUCUUCUUUUCCGUUGUUUGAAUUUAGAUUCUGGUUUUUGAUCUUCUAGUUCUGUUCGUUCUUCCGAUUCUUGUUUCUCAAGAAAUUUCAGAAUCGAAGGUCUCACAAUGUCUUCCCGGGGAGUGCGAUUGCAGAUACGAGAUCAUCAUGUGGUAGUAGAUAAUGGAAUACUGCAACUAACUCUCUCAAAACCAGACGGAAUUAUCACUGGUAUACGUUAUAAUGGUGUUGACAAUCUGCUUGAAGUUCUCAACCCUGAAUCUAACAGAGGGUAUUGGGAUAUUGUUUGGAAUUCUCCAGGAAGCCAGGGGAUAUUUGACGUGAUUAAGGGAUCAAGUUUUAGGGUUAUAGUGGAAAAUGAGGAACAGGUUGAGCUUUCUUUUACAAGGAUGUGGGAUCCGUCCCUCGAGGGCAAGGUUGUUCCUCUGAAUAUCGACAAGAGGUUCAUAGUUCUACGUGGUUCCUCUGGAUUCUACUCUUAUGCUAUUUAUGAACACUUGAAGGAUUGGCCUGAUUUUGAUAUUGGUGAAACUAGGAUCACUUUUAAACUCAGAAAAGAUAAGUUUCAGUACAUGGCUGUAGCUGACAACAGGCAGAGAUUGAUGCCCCUGCCCGAUGAUCGUUUAUCUGGAAGAUGCCAGACUUUGGGCUUCCCUGAAGCUGUCUUGCUUACCAAUCCCAAGAACCCUGAACACAGGGAUGAGGUGGAUGACAAAUACCAAUACUCAUGUCAAAAUAAAGACUUAAAGGUCCAUGGAUGGAUAAGCACCAACCCGCCCAUCGGGUUCUGGCAAAUUACACCGAGCGAUGAAUUUCGAUCAGGCGGGCCACAUAAGCAGAGUUUAACAUCCCAUGUGGGACCUACAACUCUUGCUAUAUUUCUUAGUACUCAUUAUGCUGGACAAGAUUUGGUGCCAAAAUUUAGAAAUGGCGAGCCAUGGAAGAAAGUUUUUGGGCCUGUUUUUCUUUAUCUUAACUCCACUAAAGCUGGAGAUGAUCCAUUUUGGUUAUGGGAGGAUGCUAAAAUACAGAUGAUGGCAGAAGUCCAAAGUUGGCCAUACAGUUUCCCCGCCUCCGACGAUUUCCCGAAACUGGAUCAACGGGGUACCAUUAGCGGUAGGCUUCUGGUUUUCGACAGGUAUAUGAGCCGAGACUAUCUUCCAGCCGGUGGAGCGUUCGUCGGAUUGUCUGCACCAGGAGAAGUAGGGUCAUGGCAGAGAGAAUGCAAGGGAUAUCAAUUCUGGACUAGAGCGGAUGAUCGUGGCUAUUUUAUCAUCAAUCACGUUCACAUUGGCCAAUAUAAUCUAUAUGCAUGGGUCCCUGGCUUCAUUGGUGAUUACCGUUGCGAUGCCUUAAUCAACAUAAGCCAAGGAUCUAGCAUUGAACUUGGCGAUCUUGUUUACGAACCUCCAAGAGAUGGACCGACACUAUGGGAGAUAGGCAUUCCCGAUCGCUCCGCGUCAGAGUUCUACGUUCCUGAUCCUAAUCCAUUGCAUAUUAAUAAGCUCUUUGUAAAUCAUCCUGAAAGGUUUCGACAGUACGGGUUGUGGGAGAGGUACGCUGAGUUAUACCCGGACGAGGAUUUAGUAUACACCGUUGGCACAAGUGAUUAUAGUAAAGAUUGGUUCUUUGCUCAGGUCCCUAGGAAGACGAACGAUAAUUCACAUCAAGGAACUACCUGGAAAAUCGCAUUCAAACUCGAUCGAGUAGAUCGCAAGAAUAGGUAUAUGCUACGAGUCGCAAUUGCAUCUGCAACUCUUGCUGAAUUGCAGAUUCGGGUUAAUGAUCCGAGUUCAAAACGACCUUUGUUUACGAGCGGGUUGAUAGGGAGAGACAACUCAAUUGCAAGACAUGGAAUUCAUGGAAUUUAUUGGCUUUACAGCGUGGGCAUAGCAGGCUUACACCUUGUUGAAGGAGAUAACGCAAUCUUCUUUACUCAGCCACGCUGCACCAGCCCUUUCCAAGGUAUCAUGUAUGAUUAUAUCCGUCUGGAAGCUCCUUCAACAAACUGACUUGUCUUUACUGACCUUUUUUAUAUUGCACUUCUUUUGGCUUUAAGUUAAACUCCCUAUUGCCUAUAUCUUGAGAAAA